AUGGCCGGUGCUCAGUACCAGAACCCGCCUCAGGCACCACCGCUCUUCACCGGCACCACCGAGUCAGUUGUUGCCGAUAUCAACAAGAACAAUGAGCUCACAAAGAGUAUUUUGGACAAGGUAGUGGCUGAUGUGAAGCCCGCAAAUGCCAUCUUUGACAGUGUCCUCGAACCGGGUCUGGUGAACGAGAACGAGCUGGGGCGAAGCUACCGCGUUGCCCAGUUCUACCAGUAUGUCUCUGCCAGCAAGGAGCUCAGAGAAGCUUCGACAAAGGCCCAGGAAAUUUCCGACGAGUUCAAUAUCGAACUCAAGAUGAGAGAGGAUAUAUUCAAACUGGUCGAUGCUGCAUUCGAAACCCGCGACUCCCAAAAGCUGGAUGGCGAGUCUCUGCACCUUUUGCAGAAGGAACGCCAAAAGUAUAUCCGUAAUGGCCUUCUACUGCCAGCUGGCCCCCAGAGGGACCGCUUCAAGGAAAUUCAGAAGCGUCUUAGUUUGCUGUGUCUUCAGAGCCAGAAGAACCUGAACGACGAGAUGGGCGGUGUCUGGUUCACCCCUGAGCAGCUUGAGGGUGUCCCUCCUGAUGAUAUUGAUAUUAGCGGGCUCGAAAAGGGCACCGGAGAGAACGAGGGCAAGGUCAAGGUCACUUUCAAGUACAAUCAUUUCUUCCCAAUGAGCAAGUAUGCUAUCCAUGAGGACACUAGACGCACCUAUGUCAUUGCCGAAUCCAACAAGGUCAACAACAAUGUUCCCUUGUUCCGUGAAAUCAUUGCCCUUCGAGACGAGGCCGCUCGUAUGCUUGGUUUCCCGGACCACGCUAGCCUGGUCAUUUCCGAGAAGAUGGCCAAGACUUCAGGUAGAGUCAUGGAAUUUCUAGGCGAUCUGCGCGAGCGACUUGCCCCAGGAGGUGUAAAGGAGGCCGAUCGCCUUCUCCAGUACAAGAAGGAGGAUUGUGAGGCGCGGGGUGCACCAUUCGACGGUAACUUGUACAUGUGGGAUGUUCCCUUCUACUCGAGGAUUAUGAAGGAGAAGGAAUACAGUGUGGAUGAGGCUGAAAUUUCUCAAUAUUUCCCUGUUGAUAGCACAUACCAGGGCAUGAUCAAAAUCUUUGAGCAGAUCUUCGGGUUUGUCUUUGUUGAGCUUAGCAAGGAGGACCGCGCUAGACUCAGCCCUACUGGCAAGGCAGAAGACAUGACCUGGCACGAGGAUGUUAUUGUCUAUUCUGUCUGGGACGAUGAGGCUGCUGGCAGUGGAUUCUGCGGAUACUUGUACCUGGAUCUCCACCCCAGAGAUAACAAGUACGGCCACAAUGCCAACUUCAACAUCGAGCCUGGCUACCUGAACAAGGACGGAACUCGCAACUACCCUGCGACUGCCCUGGUAUGCAAUUUCAGCAAGCCUAGUGCAACUAAGCCCGGUCUUCUGAAGCACCAUGAGGUAAUCACUCUCUUCCACGAGCUCGGCCACGGCAUCCACGACCUAGCUGCUCGCACCAAAUACAGCUACUUCCAUGGCACCAGUGUUGCUGGUGACUUUGUCGAAGCCCCCAGUCAGAUGCUAGAGAACUGGUGCUGGACACCCAGUGUCCUGAAGUUCCUCUCUCGACGUUGGGACACAAACGAGAAGAUCCCCGAUGAUAUGAUUGAGAAAUUGGUCAAGACCAAGCACUUCAACUCGGCCACCUCCAACCUUACGCAAUUACUCUACGGUCUUUUCGAUAUGACCGUCCAUACUCCCAAGUCUCACGAAGAGGCUAAGAAUAUGCCCAUUGCCAGAGUGUGGAACGAGUUCCGUCGUGAUAUUACUGGAAUCAAGGGUCCCGAGGCCCAGGGACAAGGACUUGAAUGGGGUAAUCGAUUCGCUACCAUUGGGCAUUACACUGGUGGAUACGAUGCCGGAUAUUACGGCUACCUGUACUCGCAGGUCUUCUCCCUCGACAUGUUCCACUCAUUUUUUAAGAAGGACCCCAUGGAUGGCAAGGAAGGUCGUAGAUACCGGAAGCUAGUUCUAGGCCGUGGCGGCAGCCAGGAAGAGCUACAGACCUUGAAGGACUUUUUGGGCAGAGAACCCAAUACUGAGGCUUUCUACCAAGAACUCGGUCUAGCGUGA